GCUGCCCUCGACCAGACCUUCCUCCAAAGCGUGCUCGCGGACGAUGCAAUCGUCACCGCCCUCCUCCAGAAGCACGCCCUCGGCUCCGAGGUCCCAGCGUCAGUCGCGCUGACGCUCGAGAACUCCGCCCAAACCACGCUGAACGGAGAGGACAUCACGGUCGACGGCUCGACCGGCUCCGUCCUCGUCACGCCCAGUAUCCUCGGCGGCCCUUCCACCGUGAUCUCCGCCGACGUCCAGACCAGCAACGGCGUGAUCCACGUCGUGGACAAGGUGCUCGCUCUGGCGGCCCUGGUGCCUCCCCCGUCUCCGCCGCCGCCGGCGGCCCCCUGA